GCGUGUGUAAGGGUACAACUACUAAUAAUCAUAGCCCCCCAUCGCUCCCAACAUAUUCCUAAGAAUCUCCUCCCACGUAAAAAUAUUUCUCUUAUUCCAUUGUGUGUUUUACUUUUCAUAAGCGUAGCACUCUUGCUGUAAGAAGCUGAGCCACAACCACAACCACCGCCACUACCAUCUUUAUCAUCAUGUGUGUGAAGGAUGCAGAGAAAGUUGACCAGGAGAUUGAGAGUCUGAACAACAAUAACAAGCGGCCAGGGCCUUUGCAUUGUGAAGUGUUGCAUACCCAGAUGGAGAAGUGGGAUAAGGAAUCUCCUGAAAGAUCAUCUCCCCUGGAAAGCAUUUGUGAGGAUGCUGUAGCUGUGGACAGAAAACAGAACCUGUUAGAAUUUAUCCCUUCCCUUCGGUCGGGAGUGUGGUUUCAUAUAGGGGGUCGCGACCAUAUGGAGGAUACUCACAUCUGCAUUGGUGAUUUAGCUAAGAAAUUUGGUUCUAGUUUACUCUCUGAUGAGGUUGUCUCCUUCUAUGGUGUAUUUGAUGGGCAUGGAGGAAAGGGUGCGGCACAAUUUGUUCGCGACCAUUUGCCAAGAGUAAUUGUCGAGGAUGCUCAUUUCCCUUUAGAACUUGAGAAGGUGGUUACAAGGUCAUUUAUAGAAACUGAUGCUGCAUUUGCAAAGAGAUGCUCUCUUGAGUCUUCCCUGUCUUCUGGCACAACUGCUCUGACUGCAAUGAUAUAUGGGAGGUCUUUACUUGUGGCCAAUGCUGGGGACUGUCGAGCAGUGUUGUCACGGCGUGGAACUGCUAUAGAGGUGUCAAGAGAUCAUAGGCCCUGCUGCACAAAGGAAAGAACAAGGGUCGAGUCCUUGGGUGGAUACAUUGAUGAUAAUUACCUUAAUGGUCAGUUGGGUGUGACUCGAGCCUUAGGCGAUUGGCACCUUGAAGGAAUGAAAGGAACGGGUGAAAGGGUUGGGCCGUUAAGUGCUGAACCUGAACUUGAAUUGAUAACAUUGACCCAGGAAGAUGAGUUUUUGAUAAUUGGCAGUGAUGGACUAUGGGAUGUGUUUUCCAGUCAAAAUUCUGUAGAUUUUGCUCGGAGACGGCUCCAAGAGCACAAUGAUGUGAAGUUAUGCUGCAGGCAAAUGGUGGAGGAAGCAUUACAGCGGGGAGCAAUAGACAAUCUGACAGCUGUGAUGGUCAAUUUUCAUGUGGAGCCGCCUCCACCUGCAGUGGUACAAAGGGCCAGGGUCAGGAGAAGCAUAUCUGCUGAAGGCCUACAGAGUCUCAAAUGCCUGUUAGAAGGUUAAGUUCUUUUUUAAAUUGAAACAUUUUUCCUGGGAGGCAAAUAUUAGAACUAAUUAAAAAUAAUAAUACUUAGUCGAUCUCUCCAGUUUUGUAUCUGUCUAUGUAUAUAUAUACAUACACAUAAAGCAUCAUCCUAAACAUGGGAACUGCCUUUUCCUUGCUCUUAUGGAUUGAUGCCCUGUUUGGUUACUGAGAAGAUGGAGGAAAGAUAAGAAGAAAGGGAAUCAUAAUUUGUAAUAAUAUUCUGAAAUCAGUGAGGGGAUUAAUUCCAACUUGUAGAAAGAUUGAUGAUUUUAGCACCGUAUCAUUUUUAAUUCAAUUUACACAAACCA